UUGGGUUUUUACAGAAGAUGUAAUUUCUUAGUAACUGCCUCAAACUUAAUGUUGCAUGUAACCUUCUCCCUCAACACCGUCACUGCAAAUUCGAAGUACCAUUUGUUUAAGACUGAAGCUGUAUUAUUUCAAAGGAGCUAGUUUGCUCCCUUAUGUUUGUCCAAGGAUGAUUGGGCAGGAGAGUGCUUGCAAGAACUGGGUAGAGAGGCAGUUUUGGAGGGUUUGCUCCUUGGUUUAAAAUGAAGCUUCUGGUGGGUUAAGAAUGAAGCAGUGAGAAUGCUGCCGUGUCUGGGAUGCAAACUGCACUGAAGCUGAGCAGUCCUUUCAACCAGUGUCUUCUAGAGCUGAUCCAGGCUCUGAUCUUACACCACUAAAGGCAGUGAGAACUUAGCCAUUCAACAGAGUUUGAGCUAGGUCAGGCACUGCAGAAAGUUAUGCCAAACAGGUGGAAAUCGGGACCUGGAAUCUAAGAACUGGGUAGUAACAACUAGAUGAUAACUUGGGACUCUAACUGUCAGUGCAUAUUGUGAAACUUGGUGUUUAAGAGGAAGUAAUCUGCAGCAGAAGGAGGAAAAAACCAGAAGAACCCGAAACAAAUCUGCUGGCGAAAAGCAUGUAUACUGCCUCUUUUAAGUAGAGUUGGGAGUAACAUCAGACUAUAGUAGGACAUCCACACAGGAGGAGGUCUUCCAGGAUGAUUGUGAAAAAAACAUUAAAAACAUCCCUGAUGUUUAAUGAGUCUUCCAACAUGAAAUUAAGCGUGAACAAUCAAAAAGACGUCAAAACGUUUCAAAUCUUAGGGGCAAUUUUGAUACUUGGUGUUGUCCUGAUCGCUGUUUACUUCAUGAGAGUGGACAGCAUAGUUGAUUCUAAUGGAGAAGAAGCAGUUGUCAGCAUUUACGAAGAGUUGGAGGAGGAAGAAGCACUCUAUGGAGAUGUCCCAGGAACCACAAUAAUUGAGGAGGACACCAAUAGACCCAAUGACUCUUGCAGCUUUGAACUUGUGGAAAAUGUUCCUUAUGACUUAGCUUUUGAGAUAAAUAGCACUGCAGCCAAACCCUUGUACCAAGCCUGGAUGAGACUCCUUGAUGUAGCCCAAGAAAAAAUUCACGUGGCGUCUUACUAUUGGUCUCUUACUGGGAAGGAUAUCAACGUCAAUGAUUCAUCUUCCAAGCAGGGUGAAGAUAUUCUGAAGAGGUUUGAGAGAUUACUCGCAGAGAAUAUCUCUGUGUAUGUUGCAGCAAGUAUGCCAACUUUGGCUACAAAUUCAACUGACCUUGAGCUUUUAGAGGAAAAAGGGGCUCAUGUAAAAAAGAUUGAUUUUGGACGUUUGGCAGGAGGAGUGUUGCAUAGCAAAUUCUGGAUUGUAGACAUGAAACACAUAUAUAUUGGUAGCGCAAAUAUGGACUGGAGAUCUUUAUCUCAGGUGAAAGAGUUUGGUGCUGUGAUAUACAACUGCAGCUGCUUGGCCAAAGACCUCUGGAAAACAUUUAGUACUUACUGGGAUCUCGGACAUGCUAAUGCUACCAUCCCAUUCCCUUGGCCUCUUAAUUAUUCUACCCACAUUAACAAGCAUCGGCCUCUGGAAGUAGAAUUUAAUGGAGUCUUGACAAAAGCCUAUUUUUCUGCUUCUCCUCCAGCGUUUUGUCCAGAAGGUCGCACCCAUGACCUCUUUGCUAUAAUCAGUAUUAUCAGUGAGGCACAGAAAUUUGUCUAUGUUUCUGUUAUGGAAUAUUUCCCUACCAGCCGUUUUGUUCAUCCAGAAAGAUACUGGCCAGCCAUUGACAAUGCUCUGAGACGCGCAGCUUUCAACUACAGAGUACAAAUCCGGCUUCUGGUCAGCUGCUGGACCCGCUCUGACCCAGCCAUGCUCUACUAUCUGAGGUCCCUGCGUGCUCUCAACAACCCACAUGCCCACAUCAGUGUUGACGUGGCCAUAGGCACUAGGCUGGAAUGCAUCAAGUGGUGUGGGGAUGGUGUGGAAGCUCCCAACAUGGUGCAGUUACCACAACAGAGAGAAGUCACAGAAAAACUCUUCAUUGUUCCAGUUCUGAAUCACACAAAUAUUCCUCAUGGGAGAGUGAAUCACAACAAAUAUAUGGUCACUGAUAAAGUAGCCUAUAUUGGGACUUCCAAUUGGUCAGAAGAUUAUUUCAUUAAUACAGCUGGCGUGGGACUAAUUAUCAAACAGAAUUUGACCAACCUGCAAAGAAAGCAACUGCCUAUCCAGGAACAACUAAAAAACCUUUUUGAGCGAGACUGGAAUUCCAAAUAUGCAGUAAAUCUGGAAGAUGUGCAGGGACAGAAAGACUGUAACUGGAGAGGCAGGCUCUGAAGUGAAUUGAAAUAUAAAUUUAAAAUAAAAACAAAAAAUAUAUUUGAAUCUUGUUCCCCAUGCAAAACAAGGAGCUUUCUUCUUUGUGUCUUUGUCAGAGAAAUUGCUUCCUCGUGGUGUCCACACUGUUUGAUGACAUGAGAACUUAUAGUUGACUCUACCUGCAAAACCAUUAGUCAGUGUGUGACAUUUCCUUUUUUGCAUGAUUACCUCAUCCCAGAGUUAAUGAAAUGCAUACAGUGUUAUAUGACAAGCUGUCUGAUAUCAAAGCAAACAUGGAAGAUAUAACCAGAUAUUAAUACAUCAGAGAUGCAGAUUGCUAUUGCUGUGCUAUUUUGUCUGAGGAAGCUAUAUAUUUCAACCUUAAUGUUCCAUUAACAGUGUUUGCUUAUAUGUGUUUAAGCAUAUUUUUAAUAAACUCCUGGCCACUUUAA